AUGCAAGGCAAGACAGUCAUUGUGACUGGUGGCUCCAGCGGCCUGGGCAAGGUCAUUGCGACCGCAUACCUCUCGGCCGGGGCGAACGUGGCCAUCUGCGACGUCAACGAGGCCCGCCUGCAGGAGUGCACGACCGAGUUCGGCGGCAGCCACAAGGACCGGUUCCUCGCGACCAGGGCGGACGUGACGGACGAGGCGUCCGUGCAAGCGUUCGUGCAGUCGGUCGUCGACAGGUUUGGCCGGCUUGACGUCCUCGUCAACAAUGCCGGCCUGGCCGACGCUUUCGCGCCCGUGGGCGACACCACCAAAGCAGCCUGGGACCUGCUCAUCGGGGUGAACCUGACGGGCUCGUUCCUGUGCAUGAAGGCCGCAGUCAACGCAAUGGAGAAGAACCCGCCCGCGCAAGGGGACAAGCCCGGCGGCGGCUUGAUCAUCCAGAUCGGCUCGACAGCAGGAGACCGCGGGUUCGAGGCCGGGCUGGCCUACACUGUCAGCAAGCACGGCGUCAACGGCCUGGUCAAGCACACGGCUGGCGUAUACGCGGCCAAGGGCAUCUACGCGGUGGGGCUGAUGCUCGGGCCCAUGUCGACGAAUAUCCAGGAGAGCAUGGCGCGCUCGGGUGACAUGCGGAUGGACAUGUUUGCGCAGACGUCGGGCGCGAAGAUGGGCGCGGAGCAGAUGGUCGACACGGCGGACGUCGCCAAGUAUUGCCUGUUCUUGUCGGAUCGGAGCAUCGCGGCCACGGCGAACGGCGGGUUGAUCACGUUCAGGAAAAACUUUCCUAAUGUAUAG